AUGGCACCCCUAUCGCCCGUCCUCACAGACUUUUUCGCCUCGCAUAAAAACCAAUACUAUCUAGUAACCCAAGAACCAAUGCUCUGCUACACCAUACUCAUGAUUUCCUCUCGGUACCACGCUCUUCCUGGAGUUGGCGGAUCUUCCCGCUCAUUCUUCAUUCAUCAUCGUCUAUGGCAACAUUGCCAACACUUGCUUCUUCGGAUUACACUCGGACAGGAGAAAAUCUCGAAAGCCAAAACACGCACGAUAGGAAGCAUUGAAGCAUUACUACUCAUGUCUGAAUGGCAUCCACGAGCAUUACAAUUCCCACCAGAGGCAGAUGGAUGGGAUUCAGACUUUCUCUUGACAAACCCGGACAUCAGAGAUCCACCUUCUUUGAAUGAAGAUAUCCCAGUAUCCUCCAGAUGGCGGGAAGAUGUUGUUGAGCCCACGAAGCGGUUUGAACGUAUGUCCUGGAUGGUCCUCAACUCCGCGUUAGCUCUCGCACAUGAACUCGGUGUGUUUGACUCGAGCGCUCGACUCCCCAAGCAAGAUGAUCUAGUGGGUCUCGACGCCGAGCGAUAUCUUGAAUACAUUGAGGUACGGCGACAGCGACUGCCGAGUCUACUCUUCACGUCCAUCAAUGCUUUAUCUUCACGGAUAGGUUGUACCUCGCCAGUGCCAUCUGAUGUCGGGAUCUCCAUGCCUGAAACACGAACAUCUUUGCAGUCUAUCGAUAGAGACUGGUUAUUGUUCAUGAAUGCCUGGAUUGAACUUAUGAAGUUGACCAGUUCGGUCACGGACACUCUCUUCCCUCUCAUGAAUAUUUCAAACUCGGCUGGAUCAUCGGACACAUUCAUCCCUGUAUUGGAGAGAAAACAGGUCAUGUUGGCGAGCUGGCAACAACGAUAUCUCCAUAUCUCAGACUCAAGUUUCCCCUACACUGAUACCCUAUUCAUCGAGUAUCAACACCUACGCAUCCUCACCAACUCCAUCGGAAUGCAAAGGAUUGUCCAACGAGUCCUCCAAAGCCAAACCCAAUCAUCGUCACAAAGAGAUUCAGUCAUCGACUUCUCUUUCGUCGAACGCGCUAGACAGCUAAACAUUACAGCAAGAGAAUACGGCUUUAUCGAAGAAGUAAUAGACGGAUGCUGCCAAACUCUCGACAAGAUCACGCUCUUGGGUGGAUCCUUACACUUCUCACCAAUGAGGAUACUCUUCCGAACAAUAAGCGCGUCGAUAUUCCUUAUGAAGGCCCUCGCUUUGGGUGUACGCAAUUCAAAACUGCAGGAGGCACUCCAGAUCCUUGAUCGAGCCAUCUCCACACUGCAGGACAGCAGUCAGGAUGAUAUGCAUUUGAAAUCCCACUACGCAGCUCUUUUGCAAGUCCAAGUCUCGCGUCUGCGAGAAAGUUUGGUAUCCUCAUACUCUGGAGUCGGAAAUGACCUUCCUUCCCCGAAUUUAUAUGGUGACAUGUCGGCUAUGGACCUGGGGGGACUUGGAUGUUACUAUGAAUGA